AACCUUGUUUGCGCAACAAUCGGCGGCGCAGCAGAGAGCCGCCAAAGUGUCUAGACUGGCAUAUGAUGGGAGGCAGCCAAUGACUCCGCGGCUCUCCUCCGGGGGCCCUGAGUGUGUGUUUGAGAAGAACAAAAAAGAGAGAGAGAGAGAAAGGGGGAGAGACAGAGAAAAGCGAAAAGGAAGAAACGCCGAGCGCUGUUUAACCAGACCUCAGAGGGACCACGGGGCGAAGUGGAGUCACUUUUUUUUUUGGGUUGCUGCUCCUGCAGCGUCUGUGUGGAGCGCGGAGCGGGCAGCGACCUCUGCCUCAGUGGAUUGCAUUUUUAAUUAAGGAUUUCCAGCGGCUCUUUGGGAUAUUUACAAUUUCCACUCAUGUGUUGAAACCAGCGUUAAAAGGAAACUCCUCCAAGUGCAUCCAAAGUCUGGGACCUGAUACGGAGUUGGCCUUUUUCAGCAUAAAAAUCCAGGGUUUGGGGUUUUGUUUGUGUGCGUUAUUUGUCUUUUAACUUUUCUACAUUUCUUUUUUCCUGAGGGCGGGGGGGGGGGAAAGCGAGUGAUUUUCCCUCUUUCUGCCUUUUGGAUCUAGCAAAUCUUUUGCUUAAAAAAGCAUUUUGCUUUUUAAAGAGUUUAAAUAUUUCGUGUUGUGUUUGUAUUUGUGUGUGUGUGUAUAUGUGUGUGUGUGUGAAUUUUUUGAUUUUCGACCCUUCAUACAACUUUUAAAGAAUUGGUGGUCGAUGCAGGGUAUUUUUCACCGGGCAUUUCCUGCAGCCCCCUUUAACCUCGGGGGCCGUAGCUUAACUGCGGGAGUGACUUUACAGCCGGGGUCAAUGUAGCACCCCCUACCCCACCUCCUUGACCACUUGCUGUUGCUUUCUCUCAAAGUUUUCCUACCCACUCACCCCCUCCCCACCCAUCCCCUAGUCACCCCACCCCCGGAGAGUUCCCUCAUGUUGCAGCUCUGUUGCGAUCUAUCGGCGACAGGCUGUGCAGAGUUUGCACGGCUCAGCACGGCGGACCUUCAUGUGGGACUGCGACCCGUACAAUCACCGCCGCGCUGAGGGUACGGACCCCCAGUAACUGGAGACCUCCUCCUCCCCCCCACCCCUGGCGCCAAAGGAUAUCGUAUGUUCAGGUCCAAACGCUCGGGGCUGUUGCGGCGACUUUGGAGAAGUCGUGUGGUCCCCGACCUGGAGGAAGGAGGCGGCGGCGGCGGAGGAGACGAGGAUGGGAGCUCCGGGAGCCGCGCAGAGCCGGCCCCGAGGGGAGGAGAAAGGGGAGGCUGCAGCCGCUCCGAAAUCCGCCCGGUAACCUCGCGGCGGCCCCGGGAGGCAGCAGGGCAGCGAGGCGCCCAGGGCGCAGGGAGGCGCCGGCGCGCAGGGGGCCCCCUGAGGCCCAUGUCGGAGCCUGGGGCCGGCACUGGGGCCGGGGGCUCCUCGUUGGAGGUGGCUGACCCGGGAGGCCCUGGCUGGCUGCCGGAAAGCGAUUGCGAGACCGUGACCUGCUGCCUCUUCUCCGAAAGGGACGUGGUUGGUGCGCCCAGAGACGCCGGCGACCCUCUGGCCGGGGCGUCUCUGGAACUAGGGGCUGGCGGCGGGAGGACCCGGGAAGCCCGUUCCCGGCUGCUGCUGUUAGAGCAGGAACUCAAGACGGUCACCUAUUCGCUGCUGAAGCGGCUGAAGGAACGCGCUUUGGACACGCUGCUGGAGGCAGUGGAGUCCCGCGGUGGGGUGCCUGGCGGCUGCGUCCUGGUGCCGCGCACAGACCUCAGGCUGGGCGGCCAGCCCGCCCCGCCCCAGCUACUCCUGGGCAGACUCUUCCGCUGGCCUGACCUGCAGCACGCCGUGGAGCUCAAGCCCCUCUGUGGUUGCCAUAGCUUCAACGCCGUCGACAGCCCUACAGUGUGUUGCAACCCUUACCACUUCAGCAGGCUCUGCGGGCCAGAAUCUCCACCACCCCCUUAUUCUCGGCUGUCUCCUCCCCAUGAUGAUCGAAAGCCCCUGGAUUUAUCUGAUUCCACGUUGUCUUACACUGAAGCAGAGACCACCAAUUCCCCAAACAUCACUCCUGGUGAAUUCUCAGAUGCCAGCAUGUCUCCUGAUACCAUGAAGCAGAGCCAUUGGUGUAAUGUCGCUUACUGGGAGCAUCGGACCCGAGUGGGCCGCCUCUAUACGGUGUAUGAACAGUCCGUCAGCAUCUUCUAUGACCUACCUCAAGGAAAUGGCUUCUGCCUGGGACAGCUCAACCUGGAGCACCGGAGCGAGACAGUCAGGAGGACCCGCAACAAGAUUGGCUAUGGCAUCUUCCUCAGCAAGGAGCCCGACGGCGUGUGGGCGUACAACCGGGGCGAGCACCCCAUCUUUGUCAACUCCCCAACACUGGACAUUCCCAGCUGUCGGACCCUGAUUGUGCGCAAGGUGAUGCCGGGGUACUCCAUCAAAGUGUUUGACUUCGAGAAGUCUUGCCUCCUGCAGCAGCACGCCACAGAACUGGAUUACGCUGACGGUCCCUACGAUCCUAACAGCGUGCGGAUCAGCUUUGCCAAGGGCUGGGGCCCCUGCUACUCCAGACAGUUCAUCACCUCUUGCCCUUGUUGGCUUGAGAUUUUACUCAGCAACAACAGAUAACAACUGGCCUCCAGCAGGAAAAGCUAAGUCCAGGAAGAGCCCCUGGGAGGGAGACAGAGAAAAAAAGACAAAAAUCCCACAGACUACCCCAAAUAUCAUCUACCUAGAUUUAAUAUAAAGUUUUAUAUAUUAUAUGGAAAUAUAUAUUAUACUUGUAAUGAUGGAGUCAUUUUACAAUGUAAUUAUUUAUGUAUGGUGCAAUGUGUAUAUGGACAAAGAAAUGAAAACGCACUUUGGCUUAUAUAUAAUUCUUUCAAUACAGAUUUUUUUAAAAAAUGAUACAGCAGAACUAGGUAAAAAACCUGGGUUUGGUGUAUGGUUUUUGAAAUAUUAUUAAUACCCAGACAAAAAGCUAAUACCAGUCACUCAUUGAUAAUAAAGUAUUCGCAUUAUAAA